GACGACGUCUCAUCACCGGCCAUUGACAGCGCUCCGAUUGGGCUUUGGGUGGUGUCCUAGUCAAUUUGUUACCGGUGUUUUGAUCUUUACCUUUUUGUCCAAGCAGGCAUGUGUAAGCAGUAAUCCGUUGGCACAUUGGCAUACACUGUUGCGAAGGCUUGCGGUCCUACUUGGAACACUUUCCGCCGGAUCAAUUCUUGGGGUUUCCGUCUGAAUUUCUCUCUAAAUACUCCCCUACCUCAUCAUGCUUCAACCCAGAUUGGCCUUGACAGGCCUUCGUCUUCCGUUCAGAUGCCUAUCUUCGGUGUCUUCUAGGUCCUACUCAAGUGUUGUGCCCGAAAAAGAGACCCCCCCGUCGGAGUCUUCCACGUCAACCUUCGACCCAAGCAUUGCUUUUGCUCCCCCUCCUACGCGAGAUGAUGCAGGAGUUCAAAUUCGAUCUUAUAAGCCCCGGACUCCCGGUAUCCGGCACUUGCGGAGACCGAUCAACGAUCACCUUUGGAAAGGACGACCAGUACAGAAGUUGACGUUUCCCAAGCGAGGACAAAGUAAGGGUGGCCGUAACAACACUGGUCGAGUAACCAUCCGGCAUCGUGGUGGUGGCCACAAACGCCGUAUCCGAAUUGUCGAUUUUGCACGAACCGCUCCUGGUCCUCAUUUGGUGGAACGGAUUGAACAUGACCCUGGGCGAAGCGCUCACAUUGCGUUGGUCCGCAGCCAAGAAACCCAGCGCCUGAGCUACAUUCUGGCCGCGGAAGGAAUGAGAGCUGGCGAUGUUGUUCAGAGUUAUAUGUCUGGUAUCCCGGAAGACCUGUGGAAAAGUAUGGGAGGUGUCGUCGAUCCUGGUGUGCUCGCCGCAAGGACUGCUUGGAGAGGAAACUGCUUGCCAUUACACAUGAUUCCCGUUGGUACGUUGAUAUUCAAUGUCGGCUUGCGGCCGAAUAAGGGGGGCCAGCUCUGCCGUAGCGCCGGUACUUUUGCAACCGUUAUUGCGAAGGGCAGCAAUACUCAGGCUGCACAGAACGAGCAGGCUCAAGAAGAGGGUGCCGAGGAAAAGAAACCCUUGUCCCAGCGUGAGCAGCAGAAGCAGGAACGUAUUGCAAAGCAUAUCACCAUUCGUCUCCAAAGUGGUGAAGUCCGCCUGAUUCAUAAGGAUUGCUGCGCGACCGUCGGCGUUGCCAGCAACCCGAACUACCAGUACAGCCAACUCGGAAAGGCUGGCCGAUCGCGCUGGCUGAACAUUCGCCCCACUGUCCGUGGUCUUGCCAUGAACGCCAUGGACCAUCCCCAUGGUGGUGGACGAGGAAAGUCCAAGGGUAAUGUUGAUCCGAAGAGUCCUUGGGGUCUACCGGCGAAAUCCGGCUAUAAGACUCGUCCCAAGUGGAAGGUCAACAAGGCUGUGGUUGUCCCCAGAGUCCGGAACCAGGGCAAGCGUCGUAGAGGAUACAGCUAAACGUAUCGCCGCCGUCCUUCUUUCGUCUCUUUCUCCUCCCUUCUACGCAAGUACGACUAUGCUUCCUUUGCGAAUAGUGCCCACGAAGGCUUGAUUGCUGCUAUUUCCUGCCCAGCCACUAUCGCUU